AUGUCAGACUCAGAUUCCUUCGGUCUGCAGCUAGCCAAGUACACUAACGUCGCCGCAUUAGCAAUCCUAAUUUAUGACUACUUUGUCACGUUACACUCUGAAGUCCGGUGGACCUGUGGACGGAAGUGGGGAAUUGUUCGCACUACCUUCACAGUUUCGCGAUAUGUGCCUUUCGCUGGUGCAGUCAUGACCUUGUACUCCGGUCUCAAGACAUGGGGCACGCAAAAUUGUAUGCCAUUUAAUGAUGCUGACAGUGGCAUCCAUUUCUUGGGAAUCGUUGCCUCCGAAGGAUUAUUGAUUGCCAGGAUCUACGGCUUCUCUGGCAACAACAACACUUGCCUGAUCGUUCUUCUCUCUUUUAGUUCGGUCAUCUUGGUGAUGGCAGUGAUUCUAAGUGUUGCCCCUAUGAAUUUGGAUAUCCCAAAAGAGGGGGCUCGCAGUAGUGCCCUUCCGUAUGGACUCCUAUUGUUCUUCGAGAUUGUUCUCAUGUCCACCACCGCAUUUUUGAGAUAUCGACACUAUCUUGGUUCUCAUAGCACGCUGAUGAGGAGUAUCUAUCGUGAUGGACUGCUCUACAUGUUCUGCAUCAUGAUGGUAUCUGCAGCCAAUGUGCUUGUAAUCGCGGUGCUACCUACCUCGUUCAGCGACAUGCUAACCACACCUCAGAUUGUUGUGCACAGCGUUCUUGCUUCCCGCAUACUUUUUAGUCUUCCAGUAAAAAAGGUGCCGGUCUUCCCCACAUAUCAAUCGACGCCUUCAACGGAAAUGUUAUCGCGUCCACACGAGCUUGAUGCAAUGUCUGGAGGCGCUCCUGGGUACGCGAUGGUGUCUGCUGCAGACUUCUCUCAACAGGAUUUUGAUUAUAUUAUCAUGGGGGGCGGAACAACUGGCCUUGCAUUGGCCUCGAUCCUCUCAACUAAUACUAGCGUUCGCGUAGGAGUCAUUGAAGCAGGUCUGAGGAAGGACGAUGAGAUGAUUCUUGUCCCCGGCAUGGUCGGCAAGGCAGUUGGAAAUCCCGAAUAUGACUGGAAUUUCGUCACAAAACCUCAACCGUUUGCUCAGAAUCGGAAGAUGCCAAUCCCUAGAGGCAAAGUUCUUGGUGGUUCAUCAGCAUUGAACUAUAUGGCUUAUUGUCGUGGUUCCGAGCUCGAACUCGGCAUCAAAGGAUGGAAUUGGAAUACUAUUAGUGAUGCAAUUAAAUCUGCUGAGGCUUGGAGCCCUCCAACUCGUCACGCCAAAGCGCACAACGCAGAUAAUGUUGCGAAAAAUCAUGGCAGGUAUGGCUAUGUCAAGACAACUGCAUACAGCUACUAUUAUGAUCUCGUUCUGCCAUUUUUCGAGACCAUGAAUAAGUUGGGUGUGGUCACGAACCAAUCUGAAGCCUCCGGAGACGUUAUAGGCAUUUGGACGUACAUAGCGUCCAUUGAUCCUCAAAUUAAUACACGCUGUUACAGUACAAAUGCAUAUUAUGAUCGGGUUUCUAACCGACCAAACAUCGUUGUACUCACUGGUGCACAAGCCUCUAAAGUGAUUUUCAGACAAACCUCUAGCAGUGACUUGCAAGCUACAGUAGUUGAAUAUCAUAAAGAGGGGCGGACUUACAAAGUCCCUGUGCGCCGGGAAGUGAUCAUAUCGACUGGUGCUCUGCAAACCCCCCAGCUCCUAGAACUUUCAGGGAUCGGGAAUCCCGACCUCUUGCGUAGACUGAACAUUCCCGUAAAAAUUGAUUUACCUGGCGUUGGCGAAAACUUGCAGGACCACCUCAGGGUAUCCAUGGGAGCCGAGCUGAAAGGUUCGCACGAGACCACGGAUGACCUCAAUUCAGAAACCUUUGCUCAACAAAGACUAGAACAAUAUCGUCUUUCCAGAACAGGGAUGCUCAGUAGCACACUGUCUACCCUAGUACUCAUUCCAUCUUCAUCUUUCAUCCCACCCGACAAGAUGCAGAGUAUAUUGUCAACCCUGGACGAGGCCCUGAAAUUACCGCAAAUCCAAAACUCGCCCUGGAAAAAAUGGUACGACGUCCAACGUGCCUGGCUGGAGAACGAUGGUAUUGCUCAGUUAGAGGUGAUUUUAUACCCUUCUUACACCCACGCCGGAUGCACAAACGAAAAAGCUAAGCAUUACACGAUAUCGGUCUUCCUGCAGCAUGCUUGGAGUCGAGGACAUGUGCAUGCAACAUCCACGUCUGUGUUGGAUUCACCAGAGAUUGACCUGGCAAUUCUCGAUUCUCUGGGGAACAUUGGUGUAUGGGACAAGCAACCUGAAGAGUGGUGUGCAGGACGCCAGCAUCUUCCCAAUCCACUUGGGAACUCAUCCACAAGCCACGCUUUAUGGCCGCGGAAAUCAUUCGAAACCGGCGAAAAAGCCAAACUUUGA